CUUCCUUCGUUUGACGGUAGUUCUGGAUGGUGACCGGUGCGGUUUCUUUUUUAGUGUUCUCCUUCUCAUAAACUUUAGUGCAGCUUAAUUGACAUCUGGAAGCCCUGACAUCUGGAAGUUGGCACUACUUGGGUCCCUAGAAAAUGAGUUAUGAUGUUGGUGCUCAUUUUUCUUACGCAGAAUUCAUAGGGCACCGUAAAAACAAGUUUCGCCUUUCUAGUGCUCUGAAACGUGUCCCUUUGAGAAACAACCUGCUUUUGUAGUGCUCAAAGAAUUCUUAGCUGGUCGUGUGUCCCUAGCGUACCACUGCACAGCUCUACAUAGAGUGCCAUCUGGAUGUCACUGCAGCCCAACCCUACUGUCACUCCAUCAUCGAGUUUCAGCGAGUUACACGCGACCGCAACACGGCUGAAGCUGUGCAUGUCAAUCAAUGCUUUUUUCUGACACGGUCCGUUGCAUUCCUGCGCAAUGCCUGUGUGCGGCGUUCGUGGCUGUGUAAACACCAAGGUAUCCAGCUCCGGCGGACGAAAGGGAGCGUUGUUUCGCCGUCACAAUGUUCCACAGAAAGAACCGGCACGGACCACAUGGCUGAGGUUGAUAGGACGCGAUGCCGUCUCACAGGACACCGAAAUCGUCGUCUGUGGCUUGCACUUCCGAUCGGACGAUUACGUAUUGAACAUGGCACUCGCAGACGCGUCCGGAGUUGGGAAAUUCAGAGGUAGACUAAGACCCGGCGUGACGCCAUCGUUGAACCUGCCAACGGGUAGUCAACACGCCAUGCAACAAGAAAACAAGGCAAACCUGUGCAUCCUAGACAGCUGUGACUGCCAGGCUGGUGAUUGCAGCACCGCAUGGACAGCCUCCGCGCUGCUUGCUUCCCUCGCUCGUAAGAAAGGAAGCAGCUACGCACCUGGAACAUCGUCUGCAUUCCCUGCGUUUGUGUCUCCCAGUCUCGACACGACCCCUCCAAACAUCCUGCAGCGCACAAGCUGCGAGUGCAGUUCGCCCUCGACUGAACAAAAGGGUACCCAGUACUGUCCCCCGAAGGAGUCAAGGUGGACGCAAACGCGACGUGUGCAGACGAGGACAGCUGGUGCACAAGGAAAUCUUACUGGUGUGCCCCUACGGACAUCAUUCACCCAGACGUGAGCUCUGUCACACUCAGCUAGGGGACAGUAGAUUCCAGUGGCAGCGGAUCCAAAAACCGUGCAACCAGACAAAUGAAGAGCUUCGUGGAGCUAAGAAACAAGACACUGGAGUGCAAUGGAAACUGCAGCAUUGUUCCACGCUGGUUACGGACAUGGCAGAAAGCAUUAGUGACACACAGGGCCGGCUUUAGCAUCCCUGGAGCCCGACUUGACACUGUGGUGUGGGAUCUCCCCCUGGCCGAUACCUACAGAGCCGUAUAUUAAAAGGGAGUCUGGCCAUUGGGAGGAGUCACAAAAAGAGGCUCGACCUGUCAAUCACAGUUUCACUCCUCUGAUUGGGUUGCUUUUUACCAAGGGGGUCGCCAUGACACCUUACUGCCACCCAAAAUGGCGACGAAAACAAACAGUGGUGAAGCGGAGAUUUCGCAACAAAAAAUUUUCACGGACUACUCUGACUUUACGGUGCAAAUGUACAUUUUCUUAUACGUUUCUUGGAAAUCAGUUUCAACGUACGCUCAUCCAUCGAUAUCUAACCGAAAAUAGUUUUGUCGCCGAUGUUACGCCUAGUGAACACGGCGAUCACAGCGAAAUUGUAACCAAAACGGCACUGUGCUGUGCAAUCUUAUAUUUAAUUGAUGGAUUUCGUAGAUAUAAACAUUCCUGCCUCUUAUAUUCCAACUAUUCAUGUAGAUUUGUUUGAAAAUCAUACCGACAACAGAAUGUGUCCCAGCAGGUGGUUCUGCCAGCAGCAAUACAACGAAGGAAGCCGACGACAAUUCCCGACGUGCCUUACGCUCCCUAGGUGGCGCUCAUCAAAUUUGUGCUACCAAUCCAUUACUCUUGCAGAUUGCGAGAGGUAUCCAUUUCAAUCCCAUCCAAUCCACUUGCCACCCAAAAUGGCGCUGCCCGUGUUGGAUAAGGGGGCAAAUAGUGAGGAUGGGCUGAUUGAUAGCGCCCCAUAUUUCAAGACUUCAUUGGUCAGAAAGCUCAAAAAGUGGGUGGAGCUUCAUGUAUAGGCAUGACCCAUUAAUGGCCAGACUCCCUUUUAAUAUACGUCUGGAUACCUAGUGUCAGAAAGUGACGUAAUUCAUUUAAAAAGUAUGCGCGACUGCAAGCAGUUGAGGUUUUCAAAAACCCUGAAAGGAGUAUAUGCGUUUAAACAUGUAUUGCCAAAUUUUAUUAUGCUAAUGAGCUGAUACCGAAACUGCACUCCUCAGGUCCUCAGGUCAUGUCCUUUACUGCUGCCAGCGUAUCUGGGCCAGAAAGCAGUUGAUCUCGCCAACAGACCAACACCUACUCCAGUCGUCUCCGUUGCUCCAAAGCACGUGGCCCUCUGACAUGGAAUGCUUGUCGUUUUUUUCUGCGCUUGACAUUGUGCAAUUCUGCUUCUGGGUCAUGUGCAUAGCAAAACUCACCAAUCUAUAUCUCAAAGUAUGUGCUUACAGCGACCAGAACCCCAGAACACGUGGAGGGAACAUAUCAGGACAACUUGUGGCAACACUAGGCGUCACCAUUCCGCAAGUCGGCUUCACCUAACGCCUGCUUGCUUUAGGAGAAGCUCGCUUUAGACCAAUGUUGCGCGUUUCGCAGGUGAAAAGCACGUGCUACGUCUUUUGAAUCAUCUCACGUAUUUGGGCAGCAUGUUUUUCAGCUUAAGCCAGGAAAAAAAAAAAAACCAGGACCACAAUUCUGUAAGGUCCGAAGCCGCCCCUCUUUGCGCCUUACGAAUCCAUGCAAAAUUUUGGAUAGGCAGAAGGGCAAUUGCAGGCAAGAUCACUGUAUUAGUAAAAGAAGUAGCAGUCAGAUACAGGGCUUUUGUGUACAAAAGGAAGCUAUCAGAGCUGCACACCUUCCAUUUUCACAUGUGGUUGGCAAGCAGGUGGGAUUGUGUAACUGCAAGCUGAAAUAAGAACACCUAUUUCUCUUUCUUUUUUCCUUGUUUUUUCUUAGAGCUUAUCAGACAGGACGAGGCCAGUCCAUGGACUGUCAGAGCUAGUCCACUUGAAAAUUAUCCUGAAAGAAGCAAGCACAUGCUUCAUAUUAUUCUUUGCUGGUUCGAAACAAUACUAAAAGUAAGGCAGAGCUGCAUGCAAGGAGCACAGGAACGAUUCCUAUAGCUCAUAUGCUAUAGCAUAUGUCUUUUCUGCACAGCCUUGGAACAAAGAUAUGGAGCAGCUGACGAUGCAGCAUGGCUUGUGGUGACAUGUCCUUCUGACAUGACCUCAACUGCAGCGCAAUGCAUAAUUACCAGCUCCCAUUAUUGGCUCGGGGAAACUACAUGGACAUUUCUCAGUAGCCUUGAGGAGAGGGAGGGUGUGCCAGUCCUCUUGCUCUGGGAUUGGGGUAGUCCAAGAGGACUACCUCACCACAGAAAACAUGUGAGCCUCUCUCAGUAAUCUUCAUCGGGAUGCUCCCUCUACCAUGGUAACCGCCAGGAUUACUGGCGAAGUUACCCCAUCCAUACAAAUUGUUCGAGCAUGUUCCUUAACUGUUGUGGGGGCCUAACACAUUUGUAACGGUGACGAGGAUGUGCUUCUGCAAUUAAUACCUACGUCUGCAAUGAAUCAAAGAACUACCCUCUUA